AUGGCAACAGCGCUUGGCUCCGCCUCCGGAGGGUUUGCACCAGCUGCAGCUGUUGCUCCUGCCUGGCGCGGUGGCGCGGCCGAGCUCCAGUUUAGGGCGAACAAACUGGGCCCUCCGUGGGCACCUUGUGCUCAGAGGGCUGAAGGGGAUGCUAAAGGUGAUAAAGCCAAGGUGAAGGAUGAACCACAGAGAAGAUCUGCAAGGUUGUCUGCUAAACCAGCUCCUCCAAAGCCAGAGCCCAAGCCUAAAAAGGCCCCUGCAAAGAAGGGAGAGAAGUUACCCAAAGGAAAAAAGGGAAAAGCUGAUGCUGGCAAGGAUGGGAAUAACCCUGCAGAAAAUGGAGAUGCCAAAACAGACCAGGCACAAAAAGCUGAAGGUGCUGGAGAUGCCAAGUGAAGUGUGUGCAUUUUUGAUAACUGUGUACUUCUGGUGACUGUACAGUUUGAAAUACUAUUUUUUAUCAAGUUUUAUAAAAAUGCAGAAUUUUGUUUUACUUUUUUUUUUAAGCUAUGUUGUUAGCACACAGAACACUUCAUUGUUGUUUUUGGGGAAGGAGCGUAUGUCACUAGUACAAUGUCUCCAAAGCUGGAUUGAUGUGGGGAAAGCACCUUUCCCUGCUAGUUUUGAGAGACUUCCUCUUGGCUCCCAGGAAGGAGGGAUUCCCUGAUGUUGACACCUGUGGCCACCUUGGUGCAAUGCCUUGUGGUAUGGGAAAACUCCCAGUUCAUUUUAUGUCCUCCUUCCCUCUGCCAUCAGCAUAGACUUAAACUCCCUUAAGCCCAGAGACCUGUUGGGACCUGACUCCCAAAAAUUGAUGUUACCAGUGUGUCAAGCAUUCUGGACUUGCCAAUGACGUUGAGAUGCUAUCCCACAAGAGCAUUGAUUUCCUUUUCUAGAUUGUGGAUCUUCAGAUUGAUAAUUCUGCCAUUUUCAUUUCAUUUUCUGAAAGUCAGGGUCGGCUUGUGAAAAGUUGUUA